AUGGACGCCAAGGAGAUCGAAACGAAGACGAAGGCCUUGACAAAGGCGGCCUCGUCCGGCGAGUCGCCCGCGACACUCACCAGCCUGCUCAAAGAACUGCAAUCGGGGGUGCGCGCCACGGAGGAUCUCCUGCGAUCGACACGCGUCGGAAUCGUCGUCAACAAGCUCAAGACCAGCAAGGCACCAGAGGUGGCGCGACUGGCCAGUGAAAUGGUCUCGAAAUGGCGGACUGAGGUCAACAAGCAGAAGCAGGCCGGCGGCGCAGCUUCCAGUCGGGGCUCUAGCUCCCCGCGCCCAGCACAGAACGGAACUGGCGCAUCCACCCCCGCAAAGACUACUCCAUCUGAUAAGGCCUCGAAGCUGUCGGUUCCCCCGGACAAGCGGACAUGGAAGGCGGAUGGCGUCGAUACCAACGUGACUACGAGCAAGGUCCGCGACAGCUGCAUCGGUCUGAUGUACGACGGUCUGUGUCUGGGAUCGACCGAGUCGCCCAAGGACGUAUUGAAGAAGGCCAUUGCCGUCGAGACGGCCGCGCACGACCACCUCGGACCCGACACGAAGGAGGCGUACCGCACUAAGAUGCGCAGCUUGUUCCAAAAUCUAAAGAACAAGUCCAAUCCCACCCUUCGCGUGCGUGUACUUUCCGGCGAAAUCAAGCCCGAUCAGUUCAUUCGCAUGUCGUCCGAUGAACUGCGGUCCGACUCGCAGCGUGAGGCGGAUGAGAAGAUCAAGAAGGAGAACAUGAACAAUGCCAUGGUUGCUCAGGCCGAGCGUUCGAUCAGUACCAGUUUGCAGUGCGGCAAGUGCGGUCAGCGCAAGGUAACCUACACCGAGGCCCAGACCCGCAGUGCAGAUGAACCGAUGACUCUGUUCUGCACCUGCAUGAACUGCGGCAAGUCGUGGAAGCAGUGA